UUCGAAUUUUGAUUGGGCAAUGCCACUGAAGUUUUGAAGUUUUGCCCCACGUCAGUGUAUUCUGGAUCAUGCUCCUUAAAGACAAAAUAGUUAACUGCCAGAGAACAGAAACAAGCUGAUCCUUGUCAGCCUUGGGGGCAAAGACACGGCGGAACUAUAAUUGAACCGCGUCACACAAUGUCAUUGUAAUUUGUCCGCAAAGAAACUCUUGGCAGUUCAGGCUGAGUCCAAAAAAAUGAUUGGCCACUGAUGGAGGUCAGUGCAUCCUUUGGCUCUGGCAACCUUUCUACUUCAGUAGCCACAUGUAGGCAGGUACCGGCACGGAAGCUAGCUAGCUAGCUAGGUAGCGCCACAAUUCAAUAAUUCCCAACAACUGAGCUUUCGCUUGGCGAGGAACUGGCUAACGAGUGGCGAAAGCUCCCAACUGCAAGAGUUGCACUUCUUGAAAAAAUUAGUAUUGGAGGAACUGAAAGACACAAAGCUACCCAACGGCAAGUUAUCUUAUCCCGACAAGAAAGAACAAAAGAUCAAGACGAUGAUGAGUUCAGAAGCAACACCUCCCCAGUCUACUCCCACGGCAACCCUUCCUCCCCUGAUCCCAGAUGUGGGCACUGUUCACGCCGAUGCCAGGACGACGAUGUCCACUACGGACAUUCCUCUUGCUGGCGUGGAGCUACCCUUCUUGGUGGAUCUCCCUGAUGAACUCCCCGUUCGACAGAAUGGUCUUCCCACGCUUGGCUCUCGGCUUCAGCCUCGCACUAACAUCUCCACUGCCAGGCGACGCCCCCGCGAUGCGGCUCAAGAGCUACUGGAUUCGCUAGAGGAGGAUACCCUGUCGGCAAACCCCCUGAUCCUCCCUCUUCUCCUCCCUCCUCCCAUGUCUCCUUCCAGCAGCAGGCCAGAGGAAACUCCCCGGUUCCGUCUUCAAAAAAGACGUCAAGAUCAGGAGGACCGCUCCGGCUUGACUCCUCCCGUCAUGGCGGUCACCGACGUCCUUGGCAGCAUCCUCUUUGCCGAGGCUGCGGAGGCUACCAGACGAUCUCUUCAUCAGAGAGCUCCUAUUGCAAGUACCACCACUGACCACCAGCAACCGCCUACAUUUAUCAUCCCUCCUUCCAUCUACCUCCCCAACGUCCUUUGAACACAUCAGCCAUACUAUGUACGUAAGUAGCUGGCUUUUUACUACAGGGGAAGUAACACUUCAGCUAAGCUAAGCUAUGCUAGCUAACAAGCAAGUGCGCUCGGGAAGAAAGAAGCGCAAAGAAGCCACUGGCAAUCUCUUAACCAAAUGCCCCUUCACAUAUGUCAUAUUCAUUCACUUCAUCAUACCUUACCUACCUAACAUUACCCAAUACCAUUAGCCUCCAAUAAUAACAAGAUAACAAGUAGUAAACAACACUCCAUCCUGACU